AUGAUCUGGCGGCUUCGAGGGUCUCGCGCAUCAGUCCCCGCGAGCCUCGCCAUUCUCUUCCCUCUCCUAGCAGCUCAGCAGCAGUUGCUUCUCUCCCAGGCCGGUGAUGUGCCUCUGGCAGCCUCCUUUCGCGGUGCUCCUGCCGAUGCCGGCCUGCCCAUACCACACUCGAUAUCUGAUCCCAUCCGUCCGCCCGUGAGGUCUGAUGAGAGCGCCCUUGAAACACUGGCUCUGGCGGCCUCUGGCUCCGCCGUUCGAGCACCUCCUGUCCAGAUCAGCAGUCGGAACGACCCGACUCCGCAGCUCCAAGCGCGAUCUAUACAGGACUGGGAAGUGGAGGACUUUGUCCUGUUGGCGACCGUCGAUGGCACAAUUCACGCAAGAGACCGGAAGACUGGUGCUCCCCGCUGGGCGCUGGAAGUGCCCAGCAGCCCCAUGGUAGAGACCGUCUACCACCGAGCAAAUCGCUCGCACUCGGCCAAGGACGCACAGAUCGAAGACGAUUUUCUCUGGAUCGUCGAGCCUAGCCGUGAUGGCAAUCUAUUCAUAUACAACAAGGCCCAGAACGGUGGCCUGCAACGGCUGGGGCUGACCGUUAAGAUGCUCGUUGACGAGACUCCUUACUCCGGCGUUGACCCUCCUGUUACCUACACUGCUAGGAAGGAGACUACCCUCUACACCGUUGAUGCCAGGACCGGCUCAAUCCUCCACAUGUUCAGUUCCCGCGGGCUCGUGGACCCAGACCAGACCUGCCGGCGGCUCAAUGACUUCAAGCCAGCCGGGCAUGAAUGCAAGUCCGGCGGUAAGCUCACCCUUGGGCGUGUUGAAUAUACGGUCUCCAUUCAGAACACACACACCGGCCAGCCCAUCUGUACGAUCAAGUAUGCGGAGUGGACUCCAAACAACCGUGAUGUCGACCUCCAGAGCCAGUACUUUAAAACUAUGGACGAACGCCACAUAUACAGCAUGCAUGACGGGGUCAUCUUUGGGUUCGAUCAUUCGAAGAUAGACGGUCGCCGUUACACCCAACGGCUCAGCUCGCCGGUAGCCCGCGUGUUCGAUGUUGCUCGUCCCAUGUCUUCCGAUGAGCCUGACACCCCACUGGCUAUCCUUGCGCAGCCUCCGUCCACCAACGACUACGGAUCGGCGGGUCUUGAUAACAGGGAGUCUCGCGUUUUUAUAAAUUGCACGGAAACAGGUGGCUGGUACGCCAUGUCCGAGCUUCAAUACCCGCUUGUCACUGGUCGAGCACGUAUAGCAGAUUGCUACGAUAGGGAUUUCCUGUCUCAGGACAGACCGAUCACCUCUCUCGAUCUUGCACAACAGAAAGCUGUCCUUGUCGGCGUACAUUCUCUCUCUGAACCAUCAGACCGCUUUCAUCCCAAUAUUCCCAGCAUUUCUGGCCCUCCUGCAGAAUCCUCCAAUGACACUCCCAAAGACAUCUCAAGAGAGCCUGAAAAGCUCCCUGCCCCGGCCGGUCCAGGCAGGAACAGCGUCAUUAUUCGCAAGGGCUGGGACAAUGCAUUAGAUAUAUUCGUCACUCUCGUUCUGCUAUUCAUUGGCACUUUUAUUUAUUACAAUACCCAGAAUAUUCAGGAGCUGAUGAAGCACCGUCUUGACCUGAAGAAUAUAAUAUCUAUACCCGACAAUUCGGUUACAACAAGCUCCAAGACAAUUGACCAGAAACCCACGGAUGAACAGACUGAAUAUCCUGCCCUUGUCAUCCAUCCACCCCCUGAGCAGGAAGAGCAGAAAGAGACGGAUGAAACGCUCACAGAGUCCAAAGUUGAACCAGUAUCAGCCGAUUUAAAGUCUUCCUCCAACCUCCUGACUUCAGAGUCAAACCAAGAAACGCCCUCAAGGGAGUCCCAGACACCAACUGCGGACGAACCCGCUGAAGCGGAAGAUCCCGCUGCAAAGACGCCACGAAAGAAAGCCCGUCGCGGGAGAAGAGGUGGUCAGGCACAUAAGCGUGGCAAGAAGAACACCCAGGAAAGUGCUGAUCCGGAUAAUCCUCCCAGCCAAUCUGGAGGAUCACAGGGUGCUAGGCUCAAUUCACAGUCUGAUCUACACUUAGCUCGCACCCCAUCUAACACUGAGGUUAUCGACGCCGACGGAGCCAUUCGCAUUGGCCAGCUGAAAGUAUACACCGACAAGGUCUUGGGCCAUGGCAGCCAUGGUACAGUUGUCUACAAGGGCAGCUUUGAUGGCAGAAACGUCGCCGUUAAACGCUUGUUAGUCGAAUUCUACGAUAUUGCGGCCCAUGAGGUGGGCCUGCUUCAAGAAAGUGACGACCAUAGCAAUGUCAUCCGUUACUUCUGCAGGGAACAAACCGCAGGUUUCCUUUACAUUGCCUUGGAGCUGUGCCCAGCAUCGCUACAGGAUAUUGUUGAGCGUCCUCAUAACUUCCCCGAGCUCCUUCGGCACGGUUUAGUCCUACCAGACAUCCUUCGCCAGGUUACGGCUGGUGUUCGCUAUCUCCAUUCCCUCAAGAUUGUCCAUCGAGACCUGAAGCCCCAAAAUAUCCUUGUUGCUGCUCAGAAAUCCGCGCGGGGAGUGAACAAUCUACGCCUCCUUAUAUCUGACUUUGGUCUCUGCAAGAAGCUUGAAGACAACCAAAGCUCCUUCAGGGCCACAACGGCACAUGCUGCAGGAACAUCUGGCUGGCGUGCCCCUGAACUGCUUGUCGAUGAGGAUCAAUCUAAUGUCAACCCGGCUUCGUGGGCUAAUAACGGCACUUUGGACUCCUCUGAGCCAGCUGUGGUUGAUCCGCAGACCAACCGUAGGGCCACAAGAGCCAUUGACAUCUUUUCCCUUGGCUGUGUGUUCUAUUAUGUCCUCACUCACGGAUGUCAUCCAUUCGAUAAAGAUGGCAAAUUCAUGCGUGAAGCCAACAUUGUCAAAGGCCAUUACAACCUCGACGAACUCCAGCGGCUUGGGAACUACGCUUUCGAAGCAGAAGAUCUGAUCAGUCGCAUGUUAUCUGUAGAUCCGCGUCUAAGUUUCCUCUGCGAUGUCUCAGAUCAUUUCGAGUUCGAACCAAGGGACCCGCCCUCACCAGCUUUGCAAUGUCUUGAAUCCGUUGCUGAAAAUGUCAUGUACCCGGACAUGGAUUUCCUAAAGUUGUUACCCAAGGAAUUCAAAGACAGUCUCGGCAAGCAACGCAAAUAUACCGGCUCGAAGAUGCUUGAUUUACUGCGUGCACUACGGAAUAAGCGUAACCACUAUAACGAUAUGUCGGAACAUCUCAAAACUCAUAUCGGCGGCCUUCCAGAUGGAUACUUGAACUUUUGGACGAUUCGGUUCCCAGGAUUGCUAAUCAACUGCCACUGGGUCAUCAGAAAACUCGGUUUGGUUGAUUUAGAGAGAUUCAAACGAUACUUCACCCCGCCAUGA